AUGGGUGGUUUUACUUUAACUCGGCAACAUCAUAAACUUACUUUUGUCCAUAACACUGUUCUUACGGAGUGUCAUGACUUUUCUGGACCUGCAUUUGGUUUUGAAUUUGUUGAUUACCAGUCUAUUAUUUCAUUGACCCAUCCUGAAAACACUGCUAUCGAUGUUAUUGGAUUGGUCGUUGCAAUUGGUGAGAUGGAGAAAGACAAUGAUGAUAUCAAAAAACACAGACUCAACAUCCAAAUCCAAGAUGCAAAUAUCAAUUUGUGGGGUGAUUUUGCUUACAAAAUGCAACGGUUUCUUGAUAACAAUCCACACAAUCUUCGUAUCAUCGUUAUCAUUCAAUUUGCGAAACUUAGUAUUUGGAGAGAUCGUCCCACAGUUAACACCUAUUUUGCCGUGUCGAAGCUGUUUAUUAACACAGACAUUGAUGAAAUCAAUGUUUUUAAGAAAAUUUUGGAUGGAGAUGAUCGCCCUGAUUCAUCCACAAAUACAUUCACACUUAUGAAGUCUAAUAAAGUUUCUGAACAUGAUGAUUUCAUGGUUAAGUUUCAGUUGAAGACAAUUGUUGAUGUUUUAGAACCUGUGGAGAAAAAUACUUUCAAUAUCAUGGGCACUAUAAAGGGAAUUUUACAAAAUGAACCAUGGCAUUAUUUGGCAUGUACAAAUUGCAACUACAAAGCAAUUCGGCCUCCUGGUGCAGAAGAUCAAGUUGAUGAUGAAGGAUUAACUGGUUAUGAAUGUCAUAAUAAGGAUUGCACAAAAAACAAAACUACGGUUAUUCCGAGGUUAUUAUUUUCCUCCUGA